ACAAAUUAAACUCCCUUUCUUUCACCUUACCAAUGGCUAACUCAAAAUCAUUCUUUCUCACGUUCAAUCAUCUAACAAUAUACUUCAUUCUGUUGCUACUAUCACAAUCCCCACAAAUUCACUCAACAUGUCGCAAUUUCUGUAACAACAUUCCCAUAAACUACCCGUUCAGCAUUGACGAUGGCUGCGGCGCGCCGCAGUAUCGUCACAUGCUGAAUUGCUCCGCUACUGAUUUAUUCUUCCUAACACCAUCAGGAAAUUACAAAGUCCAAUCAAUCGACUACAAAAAGCAAACCAUGACGAUCUUCGAUCCUUCAAUGUCUACUUGUUCAAUCCUACAACCUCACCACGACUUCAAAAUGUCAGAAAUUCAAUCAGCUAUAAUCCCGCCUACGCCUGACACGGUCUUCAUCCUCGUCAAUUGCUCCAUCGAUUCCCCUGUACUUAAUCAUUACAAGUCCCUCUGUUUUAAUUUCUCUGGUCAUUCGUGUGACGAACUCUACGGUUCGUGCACUUCGUUUAAGUUGUUUCAUUUACUGUCUAACAGUACGCCGGCGUGUUGUUUCACGGGUUAUGAAACGGUGAAGUAUAUGAGUAUGGAUAUAUUGGAUUGCACGCAUUAUACGAGUGUUUAUAAUACGGAUAGAUUGGAAGGUGUUGGGCCGUUGGAUUGGCUUUAUGGGAUGAAAUUGUCAUUUAGCGUGCCGGACACUGGAUGUGCCCGGUGCGCUAAAUCUGGUGGGACUUGUGGAUUUGAUGUAGAGACUGAGAUGGCGCAGUGCAUUUGCUCAAGCACUAGUAAUUCUACUAGAGAUUGUGCUGGGGGCAGAGAAAUAAACUUUGCUGAUAGUUACAGAGCACCCUCAUUUCCGCCACUGCAGUUGCUAUACAUUUUGGCACUUGUGGCCAUUUCUUACAGCAUACUAUUGAAAUGAUGAAUCUUCUGUUAAGUUU